AUGCACCCACACAAUGAGGCAGAGCUAGUGCAGUACAUCAGAGGACUCACAGAGCAACACCUUAUGCCUACAAGGCAAAUGCUGAAGAAUUUCACAGCUCCAGUUAUCAGAAGAGAGCCUAGCAACUCCUGGGUGUUGAAGUCGUGUCUUAAGCAAAGCUCAUAG